UCCCGGCCGCCGCAGUACACCGCGACACCCACCAUGCGACUACACGCGCUCCUCCUGGUCGCCGUGGCCGUGCUGCACGCGCGCGCCGCCUCCAUACCUGUAGCCGAAACCGAAAAGAAAUUGAUUGACAUUGUACCCGAUAAUUUAGACAAAUUACCGGAAAAUACAUCCAGCGAACAAGAACUUAUCGACCAGGCGAACUCGGUCAACGAUGUUGAUAACAAGCUACGUGUGAAACCAGAAAAUAUUCCCGUGGAAGUGGUGGUUGAGAACGUAGAGCCCGCAUUAAAAAAUGACGAUGAAUCGGAUGAAGAAAUAGUGAGACCCACCCCAGAUUUGAGGAACCCUGGCCCACCUCAACGCCAGGAACAUGAGACCCAAAACCCCGAGUAUUAUGCUUCGGAACAAGAAACAGUGUUGCUUUUCAAACAAAGUGUCAAUGAUGUACAGAAUGCCGUAAGACAAGGAUUCCAAGGAAUUGCUGAUGGCAUCCAAAAUGUGCUGCAAGGCAACAAUGAGCCCAUCCAAACGCUGCAUCAGAGUAUUCAGUCUUUACGCGACGGGUUCGCUGCUCAGAUGGACAAGCUUAACGGCACUAUUCAAAACUACUUAAACUCAGAGAGACCAACUUCAGAUCAGCCUGCCGUAGAACAGACUAAAGCUGGCUUCCAUCAAAUUGAAAAAGGUUUGUUUAAACUCAGAAGCGACUUCACUAAGGGUGUGAACUAUUUUGCUGACGGCGUGGGAUUAGUAGCCUCUCUGAGGGCUGAAAAUCAAGCAGCUAACCCAAGUACUGGAGCAUCCCCUGCCCCGGCCCCGACACCAGCUCCCGUACUUCCAAUGUUCCAAUACUUGCAGAAUUUCCAAGCUGCGGUAGGUGGUACUUUGCAAAAUUUCACAGAAACCAUCAAUAAAAUUGCACAGAAUGCCGGAUGGAACAAUCCUUUCAAUCAGGCUUCCGCAACUCCCGCGGCAGGAGCUGCCCAACCUGCUCAACCUGCUCAACCUGCCCAACCUGCUCCAGCUGCCCCACAAGGAGCUCAGAGCGAUACGCCCGUGACACCCGUCGCCUCAAAUCCAGCACCACAAUGGCCAAAUAUUCAAGACCUAUGGAGUAACUUCGUUAGUUCUGGACAAAACGCAGGUAUCUUUCCGAAGCCAGGACAGUUUGGAUCUGGAAGUGGUCCAGUAGCAAAUUAUUUCCAAACUGGUUACAAUAAUUUAGUCAGCAUGUUCCAAUCGAGACCUGGUCAAGCUCCUCAAGGAACACAACCUGCAGCCUCCACGCAACCCGCACCAGCUCCACAACCUGAAACGGCAGCUAAGCCCGAGGAAACAGCCAGCAAACCUGAAGAAACGGCAGAACCUGCGAAACCAGCAGAAACUCCAGCGUCUUCCACGCAAGCUGAUGCGGCCGCCCCUGUCGGGCCUAUCCGGCAGAUGCUCCAGAACAACCCCAUUACCAAGGGAAUCACUGGUGCCGUGCAGAAGUUACAGAAUCUCAAUAAUCCCGAGAAACCGAGAGAAUCUGAGGUAGAGAAGAAACCAGAGGAAGUACCAGUUGAAUCCAAACCAAAAAAGGGAGGACCAAAUACGGUGGCGGCUUGGGGAGUAUUCAUCAAUGGUCUUAUAGCCACUAUAAGUGCCGUAAUAAAUGGUACCGCGACCACUGUCAGCACGGCAGUGAACAGUGCUAUAAAUACUGUCGGUGCCAAUAUCCAGGGGGUAAUAACGACGACAGCAACAGCAGCAGCAGCAGCAGCGGGGUAGUACAAGAAGAGAAGAAAGAAGUGCAACAAGAAGAGAAAGUCCCAGAACAGGUCUCAGAAGUAAAACCUUCAGAAGACCCAGUUAAAGAAGUAAAGGCCGAGGAGGUCGCCGACAAGACUGAAUAAGUCAUUAGUGUGAUUACUAUAAGUCUAGAAUAUGUUUAUUUAUUAAGAUUUAAUAAAAAUGUAAAUAAAACAAAAUGAUGAUGAGAAAUAUAACAUUUUUCUUCAAAAAUUUAAAA